AUGGAGCGAGCGAAAGCGGCCGAUUGGCCUAUCGACAGCAACUCAGCUCCUCUAAAGGAUGAACUAAACUCCACAGUGCAGCAACUAUCUCAAAGAAAUACACAGGUUGUGUCUGCUUCUUCAGCAGGUAUCAGGGCCGUGAUUUACCAAAUGACUUCUUUGUAUAUGAGAAAUCCUGCAAAGCUAUUUAGGCCGUCUCGAUUUGACUACCUCACAACAGCAAGAGCUUUGAUGCAUGGAGAGCUUGCAUCCAAACCGUGGAGCUUACGAACACAUUCAGGAAUAGCUCUUCUAUACCAAUCAAUCAAAAAAGAAGGGUGGAAUUUUAUUCCACGACAAGUACUUCCUCCAAUAGUAGCAAACAGCGCAAUUGGAGUGAUUCUUUAUUCUACUUACCUCACACUAUUACAACGUUUUAAUAAGAGAAAAAUGAACUCCAUCGAUGAUCCUAGCCCUGUCGACACCUUCAAAGCUGGUUUUGUUGCGGGAGCUGCUGCUAGCGUGGCUGCGUCACCGCUAGAUGCACUUUACGCCCGAUCGAAUUACUCAGAGCUUGUCAGCGGUAAACAGAAGAGCAUGUGGGAGUAUGCUUUAUACAAACUAAAACAAAUUGGUUUAGUUGGAAUAUUUGCAGGCUUUAGUUUAAAUUUCAUAAAGGAAAGCCUUGGAUUUGCAUUCUACUUUUCAGUAUUCGAGCUUGUGAAAAACCAGGGGUUCCACAAAACAAAAGCAGUUAUACAGUGGUAUCAAUAUUGGCGCUCAAGGCUUUUUCAUGGUGAAGAAAACCGGGAAAAGAAUUCAAGAUUCUUCAAAGCUUUGAAUUUGACGUUUAUCCUUCUUGCUGGAGCUUCCGCCGCGACUACACUGCUUGCUAUCCAAUAUCCACUUAAUAAAAUUCAAAAGGUCCAUCUGACUAGACUUGAGUCUCUAGAUCUCUACAACGAAGCACAUCAACUGGAUCGGCGUCGCUUCUUCAAACUCUACUAUAAUUCUUACCUUGAAACGUUUGAUAUUAUUCUACAACGAUGGCGAAAAUCUCACCUCUCCCUCUUUGGUUUCUGCUAUAGAGGCUUUUUUCGAUCGUCCUUCACUAGUAUUCCCGCGACUUCUAUUGGGCUUUUCGUAUUUGAAAUAUCCCGUCAGCAUUUUAGCGAAAAUCAAUUUUGA